AAAAGUCCCUAAAAAUAUCGACUUACUGUAUACGCUAUUUCUCUCUCUCUCUCUCUCUCUAAAAAACCCAGAACCUAGGUUUCAAUCUAAACCCUAUCAUUCGUAUCUAAACCCUACGAUUCAUUCUGAACUCUAAUUGUUUUAGAUACGGUUCAUUCGUAUCUAGGUUCGUCUAAUCGUUCGUUGUUUUGAUUCGGCUUAGAUCGUCUGAAGGACAUGAAGACCUUGAAUUCGUCUGUGUGUGGGGGAGACGGUGAUGCCUGGCCACCGGGGUUCCGAUUCCAUCCUACUGACGAGGAACUCGUCCUGUAUUAUCUCAAGAGGAGGAUCUGUCGCCUGCGGCUCAAGCUCGACAUCAUCGCAGAGACCGAUGUCUACAAAUGGGACCCAGAGGAACUACCAGAACAAUCCAAAUUAAAGACUGGGGACAGACAAUGGUUUUUUUUCAGCCCUAGAGAUAGAAAAUACCCUAACGGAGCAAGAUCAAAUAGGGCAACCAGACAUGGGUACUGGAAAACAACUGGAAAGGACCGUGCCGUUAGAUGCAAUUCUCGUUCCGUUGGGGUGAAGAAGACUCUGGUUUUCUACAAAGGUCGUGCACCUAGUGGUGAACGCACAGAUUGGGUAAUGCAUGAAUAUACCAUGGACGAAGAGGAGCUCAAGAAAUGCCAAUCUGCACAGGAUUAUUUUGCAUUGUAUAAAGUCUUCAAGAAGAGUGGACCUGGACCAAAAAACGGCGAAGAGUACGGUGCUCCCUUUAAGGAAGAGGAUUGGGCUGAUGAUGAAUGCUCAAAUGGUGAUCACAAUCUCCAGGAAAAUUCUGUGAUGCAGGUCAAUGAUGUUGCUUCCACCUCUAUGGCACCAGUCCGAGAGGAUGAAACUGGUAACAUCAGUGCUAAUGGUCAAGUGAAGUCUGCUUUAAGGGAUCUCGAGGAGUUCGUUAACCGAAUUACGGAUGAACCUUCUUUGGCCCAACUACUCGCUGUGGUGGAUCCAUUGGUGGAUCCAUCCUUUAGGGAUGCCAAUAGUCUUGGACAGAGCAUAGUGACCCACCCAAACAGCCAGCAGUAUGAUUUGCAGUCAAGCUUUGACUUGACUCGGUCUGCCAUCCCUAAUGUACAAAUACAUGAGACACUUGAGGUCACAUCUGCUGUGAAUGUUUGUGAACAGGGACCUCAUGCAACUGAGGAUGAUUUCAUUGAAGAUUUAAUUGAAAUGGAUGAUCUUUUUGAAAUGGAUGAUCUUGUUGGUCCCGUAGCUGCUGUUCAGGACAUUGAGAACUUGCAGUUUUCUGAGUUCGAUGGAUUGGGUGACGUGGAGAAAUUGAGUGAGGUUGAUGACCUCUACCUGGACGCAGCCAUGUUUCUUCAUGACAUAAACCAAGGGCCACAGUCAUAUUUUAAUAAUCUAGAGGAUGGGAUGGUAAAUCCCCUGGAUUUCCAGUUUGAGUCCUGUUCGAAUGAUGCAAAUCACAGCAUAAUUACACCAGCAGCAUCAAAUCACGGUACUGUUCCUGAACCAGCUUCAGGUGUGGUAUGUGCUGCUGGUAAUUCUGGAAAUCUUCCUACUAGUACAAAUCAAAAUGAAAGUGGCAAGGAGGAUGAUGGUACAGUUACGUGGUUCUCUUCUGCUCUAUGGUCAUUUGUGGAGUUGAUACCCACCACUCCGGCUUUCACAUCAGAGAGUGCCUUGGUGAACAGGGCUUUUGAGCGAAUGUCUAGCUUUGGCAGGGUGAGGAUGGACGCAGGGAACACAAAUGUUGCUGCAGGUAACUCCACUGCAACUGUAAUAAGAUCAGGCAAAUAUAAUUGUAAUUUUUUGUGUUUUUCUGUUCUUAGAGUGGUGUGUGCUAUAUUGUGGAUGAUAGGAUCUGUAAACUGUCUUUGGAAGAUUCAUUUCUUAUUCAAUUCAAUUUAUUCAUUUUAUAAUUUUUUUGUCUGUUGUUGGGUUUAUGGGCAAAGCCUAUUUUGAAUUUUUUCUUUAAAUUUAUUUUUAUUGUACUUAUGUCAUAUUAUUAUGUUUUUAUAAGAUUUCAAUGGUAAGUAAUACAGUCUUUUUAAUACUAAAAUAUAUCAGUAAUACAUACAUAUUUUGCCUUUGCAGUGAUAUUUUUUUAAUAAAUUCAAAUAUGGAAAAAGAGGGGAAAGAAAAAAAAUUAGGCCUGGUUGUUAUUAAAAAAAUAAAAAAAAAUGGGGGUUUGGGUUUGGGUUUGGGUUUGAGUUUGGGUUUGGGUUGGGCUAGGCAGGCCCAAAUUACACCCUUCCCAUUACAACGAGCCUAAUACUUUGUCACUAUAAAAAAAGAAGACGAAGAAGAUUUAAAAAAAAAAAAAAAACACCUUAAAUGCUACAUGUUUAUGUUUGGAAUGAUAAUUAGACUGAGUUCUAAACCAUUUUAUGAGAUCUUCCUCCUUAAUUUAAAGAAAGAAAUUAUUGCAAAUAAUAGAGGUCAAAUCAUAAGCAAGGCCGGUCCAUUCCCAAAAUUUUGAGCAAAUUUUCAAAUGUAAGACCCUUGUGCUACGUUGGUGUGCAUGAAUGAAAUGAAAUGAAACUUGGAUGUGCAUUAAUGAAAUGAAAUGAAACUUAGAAUGAAAUGAAAAUGAGAUUGGAAUGGAAUGAGUAUUACCAUUCUAAUGUUUGGUGUGAUACGGUGAAUCGUUAUGAAAUAGAAUGAUUAUUACCAUUUUAUUGUUUGGUUGAAUAUCAUUAAAUUGGGAAGGGAAUACCUUUUCUCAAAAAUGCCCUUUUCAUUGGAGGAAAGAAAAAUAAAAAAAUUAUAACUAAACCAACUCACCAUGAUUGAAUAUUUAACCUAAGAAGUUGA